UUUACACGUGUCUGUAAAAUUAUACUGGUUCAGAAUUUUACGUCUGCUGCAUCCAGGCCAGCUUACUUGCACAAUAUUUUCGUCAAGCACACGAGAAGCAUGGCUCAACUUAUCUCCCGUGGUCUCAAGGCUUCCCUGUGGAAGCAGAGUGUUUUGGGUUUGUGCAAAAGAUCAUUGACAAGUGGCAUUCCUAAAACCAAACUGCUAAUUAAUGGACAGUUUAUUGACAGUAAAACAGAUUCUUGGAUACCUAUUACAAAUCCUGCCACCAAUGAAAUUGUAUCAUACUGUCCUGAAGCAACAGAAGAGGAAAAAUUAGCUGCUGCUACUGCUGCAGAAAACUCUUUCAAAACAUGGUCUGAAACAUCGAUUUUGACGCGACAGCAGAUUAUGUUUUCUUUGCAACAAAAAAUCAAAGAUAACAUGAAAGAACUGGCGGAAAUCAUUACUUUAGAAAAUGGAAAAACACUUGCCGACGCGGAAGGAAGUAUCUUGCGUGGUCUACAGGUUGUUGAACACGCUUGUUCAGUUACAUCAUUACAAUUAGGAGAAACCUUACCAGGUGUGUCAAAGGAUAUGGAUACACAUUCAUACCGUGUCCCACUUGGUGUCUGUGCCGGAGUUGCACCGUUUAACUUUCCAGCAAUGAUUCCCCUAUGGAUGUUUCCUAUGGCAUUAGUUUGUGGUAACACCUUUAUUAUGAAACCUUCUGAACAAGAUCCAGGAGCUGCUAUGCUUUUGUGCAAGAUGGCAGUUGACAGUGGUGUACCAGAAGGUGUACUAAAUGUUAUACAUGGAACCAAACCUGCUGUUGACUUUAUAUGCACUCAUCCUUCUAUUCGUGCUAUUUCUUUUGUGGGAUCAGAUCAUGUUGGCCAAUACAUUUAUGAAAAAGGUUCUGAGCAUGGAAAACGUGUGCAGUCCAAUAUGGGUGCCAAAAAUCACGGAGUUGUGUUAUCAGAUGCAAACAAAGAAAUGUCGUUAAAUCAAUUGGUUGGUGCAGCAUUCGGUGCUGCUGGACAGCGAUGCAUGGCUCUCUCCACUGCAGUGUUUGUUGGAGACUCACAAAAAUGGAUUCCAGAGUUGGUUGAGCGUGCCAAAAGUCUAAAUGUGACAGCAGGCGAUAAGGAAGGAGUGGAUCUGGGUCCUCUUAUCUCGAAAAGUGCUAAAGAACGCGUGGAAAGGUUGAUUCAGAGUGGUAUUGAUGAAGGUGCCGACUGUAUUCUCGACGGAAGAGGGAUCACUGUUCCUGGUUAUGAGAAUGGACAUUUUGUAGGACCAACUAUUCUUACGAAUGUGAAGCCCGACAUGGAAUGUUACACCGAGGAAAUCUUUGGACCUGUCUUAGUAAUUUUAAAUGCCGACACGUUAGAUGAAGCUAUUGACAUCAUCAACAGCAACAAAUACGGUAACGGUACAGCGAUCUUCACAAAUUCUGGUGCUGCAGCUCGAAAGUUUACGCAAGAUGUAGACGUUGGGCAGAUUGGUAUUAACGUUCCAAUUCCUGUACCACUUCCUAUGUUUUCGUUUACUGGAUCUCGCGGUUCGUUCCGCGGAGAUAUGAAUUUUUAUGGAAAAGCGGGUAUCCAAUUUUACACUCAAUGGAAAACAGUGACAUCUCUGUGGCGUGCUGAAGACGCAACCGACCAAAAAGCUCAAGUUUCGUUCCCCAAAAUGGGUUAAACGAAUUAAAAGUUACCUGAAAAUCUUCAUUGAGAUGGAGGGCAUAAACGCGUGACAAUUUUUUACAAAAGAGUCGAAUAAUAAAUAAAAAAUACAUUAAUGUAAUAUUUUAUAUCAAAAUUAUAUAAACAACGUCUUUUUAAAA